CCCGAAGGCCACUUCCGGCGCGCAGCGCUCCCGACCGCCCCCGCGACCCGGAGCCGGAGCCGGGCGGCCGAGCCCGCCCCCUGACGCACGGGGGCGUGGCCUCCCUGCACGUGACGGGGCCUGACCUCGCCCCCCGCGCCAUGGGGGCUUCAGACCCGGAAGUGGCGCCCUGGGCUCGCGGCGGCGCCGCGGGGAUGGCGGGAGCUGGAGCGGGAGCGGGGGCUCGCGGCGGAGCGGCGGCGGGAGUCGAGGCCCGGGCUCGCGACCCGCCUCCCGCGCACCGUGCACAGCCGCGCCAGCACCGGCCUGCGGCGCAGCCCUCGGCCCGCAGGAUGGACGGCGCGUCCGGGGGCCUGGGCUCCGGGGACAGUGCCCCGACCACUGAGGCCCUGUUCGUGGCGCUGGGCGCGGGUGUGACAGCGCUCAGCCACCCGCUGCUCUACGUGAAGCUGCUCAUCCAGGUGGGUCAUGAGCCGAUGCCCCCCACCCUGGGCACCAAUGUGCUGGGGCGCAAGGUCCUCUACCUGCCGAGCUUCUUCACUUAUGCCAAGUACAUCGUACAAGUGGAUGGGAAGAUUGGGCUGUUCCGAGGCCUGAGCCCCCGCCUCAUGUCCAACGCCCUCUCCACUGUGACCCGGGGUAGCAUGAAGAAGGUUUUCCCCCCGGAUGAGAUUGAACAGGUUUCCAACAAGGACGACAUGAAGACAUCACUGAGGAAAGUAGUGAAAGAGACGUCCUACGAGAUGAUGAUGCAGUGUGUGUCACGCAUGCUGGCCCACCCCCUGCACGUCAUCUCAAUGCGCUGCAUGGUUCAGUUCGUGGGACGGGAGGCCAAGUACAGUGGUGUGCUGAGCUCCAUCGGGAAGAUUUUCAAGGAGGAGGGGCUGCUGGGAUUCUUCGUUGGCUUAAUCCCCCACCUUCUUGGCGACGUGGUUUUCUUGUGGGGCUGUAACCUGCUGGCCCACUUCAUCAAUGCCUACCUGGUGGAUGACAGCGUGAGUGACUCCCCCGGGGGGCUGGGAAACGACCAGAAUCCAGGUUCCCAGUUCAGCCAGGCCCUGGCCAUCCGGAGCUACACCAAGUUUGUGAUGGGGAUUGCAGUGAGCAUGCUGACCUACCCCUUCCUGCUGGUGGGCGACCUCAUGGCGGUGAACAACUGCGGGCUGCAGGCUGGGCUCCCCCCGUACUCCCCAGUGUUCAAGUCUUGGAUCCACUGCUGGAAGUACCUGAGUGUGCAGGGCCAGCUCUUCCGGGGCUCCAGCCUGCUUUUCCGCCGAGUGUCCUCAGGGUCCUGCUUUGCCCUGGAGUAACCUGAGUCACCUGACCCUCAGAGGCCCGGCCUGACCCCACCAACACCUCCACACACUCUGCCCAGCCAGCCGGCUCCGCGUGCACACCCGUGUCUGUCCAGGUGUGGGGUCGGGCGGGCCCCCUGCUAGAUCUGGAGAAGGCGGGGUAGGUGUGAAGUCGAGUGGGGACCCCUUCCUUCCUGCACCUGCCGGCCGCCCGGGGCCAGAGAGAGGCUGUGGGGCCGGGUGGGCAGCCGGGCUCCGUCCCCCUGCGGCCGGUUGGGAGUGUCAUGCUGCUUUGUAAACCGGGUCAUCCCCUUCCUGGGGCCGUGCCAUGGCCAGGCCCCUGCUAAAGGCGGACACCGGGUUCUGCCUCCAUUUGUCUCAACACUACUUUCUGAUAGGACAGCACUUCUGAGUGGAAUCAUGUGACCCCUCAGAACGUGCUCCUCUUCCACACUUGUCCGUUUAUGGUGACGCCUCUUGUGUAGGGCCGGUCACCCGUGUAUCUGUGUGAAUCACAAAUUAGGCAGAUCACAGUCUCUCGUCCUCCCCAGUUUAAAAGCUCCUGGUAAGACUGCACCCUGUUUCCCUCAAAUAAAUGUAUUAGUGGUGAUUUGGAUCUC